AUGAACCAUGAAGAAGUGAUGGAAGCGCUUGUCGAUGCCGGGGCAGAUGUCAAUGCUCAACAAAAGGGGGGAUUCUGCGCUAGGGCUAGCAUCAUUCGUGCCUAUGAAAAAGUGAAGAGUCUCGUCGAUGCCGGCGCCAAUGUCAAUUCUCAGGAUAAUAGAUACCAACCGUCGGCACUUCAUCUUAACGUGGUGAUGAUUCACGUUGAUGCCGGUGCCAAUAUCGAUGCUCAGGACAGGGAAGGCACAACUCCAUUAAUUGAGGCAUCAAGGAUGGGCGAUGAUAAAGUGAUGAAGAUUCUCGCUGAUGCCGGUGUGAAAGUUGAGGCUCUACACGAGGACUAUGACCGAGCAAUAAUCGAGGCAUGGCAUCAUGGCCAUUACAAAGUGGUGAAGAUUCUAUUUAGAAAAGGUCGGUUGAGCAUGCAUUAG